AUGCUCUUCUCGACUGUCUACACCGCGGCUGCGUUGUUCGUGGCUCAAGCUGCCGCCCACGGUGCAGUGACAAGCUAUGUCAUUGACGGCGUGACCUACCCUGGCUACACUGGCUUCUCUCCCGCUUCGUCGCCCAAGACAAUCCAGCGUCAAUGGCCCGACUACAACCCUACCCUGACCAUCACCGAUAGAAAGGUCAUGUGUAAUGGUGGUACGUCGGCCGACUUGUCCGCCAAGGUCGCCGCCGGCGGCAAGAUCAAAGCCCUUUGGAGCCAGUGGACGCACGAGCAGGGACCGGUCAUGGUGUGGAUGUACAAGUGUGCUGGCGAUUUCGCAAGCUGUGACGGCAGCGGAAAGAAGUGGUUCAAGAUCGACCAAGAAGGCAUGACUGCUCCCCCGCUGAGCGGCACGUCCUGGGGCACCGCCAAGGUCCUCAAGCAGCUGUACUGGGAGUCCUCAGUCCCUAAAACGCUCGCACCAGGCAACUACCUCGUCCGCCACGAGCUGCUCGCUCUGCACCAGGCGCUGAACCCGCAGUUCUACGCCGAGUGCGCUCAGAUCCAGGUCACGGGAUCCGGCACCGCGCAGCCCAGUGGUGAUUUCCUGGCGACGAUUCCCGGGUAUGCGAGCCAGAACGACCCCGGCGUUAUGGUGAACACGUAUGCAGACAAGAGCACGACAUACACACCUCCUGGACCGAAGGUGUGGGUAGGCUAG